UUAUGAUUAUGAUUAAAUAGGGCUAGAAGAGAGAAGCGUAUCUUCGAUUUCUUCUUCUUUUACUUCUCUGAGGUGGUGGCAAAUCCAAUUCUCUGGAAAUCUUUCAAUGGAGCCUGAGAUCGUUUGUACAACUCUAACGCCAACUAACAAGGACACAACUCCAGAUGCAAUGCAAAACGGUGAUGUUCUUGAUAACAACAGUGUUGAUAAUAAGAACAAAGGGAAGGCUAUACAAGUGGGAUCCCUUUCUGACGAUGAGCAAUUAGAGGAAUCUGCUAGUGAGGGUUAUGACACAACUAACAACAAUGAGUCCAAUCCUGGAUCCUCUCCACUAUCAGAUAGUUUACUAGACCCAGACUCUUUGAUCUACGAAGACGAUUCUGAUCAAUAUGGCUAUGAGAUGGAAGAGGAGGAAGAGGAGGAGGAGGAGGCUGAUGAUUACGUCUCCGAGUAUCAAGCCCUUUUUGAUGCCAAGGAGAAGGAGCUCCCAGCUGGUGUGGAGGUGACAAUGGAUUGGCUUCCAAAUUCUAAACCAAGUGGAACCAGCAAAUCUUCACGUGAAGAACACGGUAUUGAACCAGAACCUACCAUCAGCAGCAGCUCCAAGAAACCAAAAAAAGGAAGUGCUUUACAAGGAUUCACACCGAACUCUGCUUACGCUUUGCCACAGAUUUAUCUUAACCCUCAGCCUCCUGUUCCAGCUCCAGCUCCUGCUUCUUCUUCUUCUAGUGCAUUUCUGCCCACACAAAAGAAGCCAAAAGGAAUUUAUAAUGCUCGGCCUGGGGUGCAAGAGGUUAUUUCAGAUUCGAAUACGUGCAGAGUUAAGAGAAAUAUGGACGAUUAUCUUGGCAAGUUUGUGUUUUUCAAAAGAUUUGACAUCGUCGACGAUUUGGUGGACCACCAUUAUGCUUCCAAUGGAACAGCUUCAACGAAGCAUUCAAAGGAAUGGGCUAAAAGGAUACAAGAAGAGUGGAGGAUUCUUGAGAAUGAUUUGCCAGAGAUGAUAUUUGUCAGAGCUUAUGAGUCUAGGAUGGAUCUUUUGAGGGCGGUGAUUAUUGGAGCUGAUGGAACUCCUUACCAUGACGGUCUCUUCUUUUUCGAUAUCUUCUUUCCAGAUACAUACCCUUCUGUACCACCGCUUGUUCAUUACCAUUCUGGUGGGCUAAGAAUCAACCCCAAUUUGUACAAUAGUGGGAAAGUGUGUCUGAGUCUUCUCGGCACUUGGAGUGGUGCCGCGAGUCAGAUGUGGAACCCCACCAAAUCUACAAUGUUACAGGUUCUUGUCUCAAUCCAAGGCCUAAUCUUGAAUCAAAAACCUUACUUCAACGAGCCUGGCUACGAGAGGUCAGCAGGUUCUGCAUCCGGGGAGAAAAGUUCUAAAGCUUACAGCGAAAACACAUUCUUACUUUCUUUGAAGACAAUGGUCUACAACAUGCGGAGGCCACCCAAGUAUUUUGAAGACUUUUCGUAUGGGCAUUUCUUCAGCUGUGCUCAUGACGUGUUGAAGGCCUGUAAUGCUUAUAGAAACGGAGCUCCAGUGGCAUCUUUGGUGAGGGGAAAGAUAAAAGAGGGGGAAGUGAGUGAUGAGAAAUGUUCUGAGAAGUUUAUGACAGAUGUGGCUACCUUUGUGGACACGAUUUUGUUGAAGGAGUUCAUUCUUUUAGGCGUCCUUGGUCUCGAACCAGAAGAAGAAGACAAACCAUCAGAGACUAAGGUUGCAGAGAGCAGUAGCAGACGAAAGUAGAGCAUAAGAACCAGAGCAUAGGACUUAGUUCAAUCUUUCUUUAUUAGCAUGGAUCCUCUUCUUUUUUCCUUAUAUACUCUUUUCUGCUAAGAUAGGCGUUUUAGAGAAAAAAAAAUUGUUUCACAAAAAUAAUUUUUUUUAUGAUUUAUAUGCAAAAAUGGUAAAUUUUUAAAUAA